CGCCGAGCUCUGCGGCCCGCGGCGAUGCCCAAGCGGGGCUGCCCCUUCGGGGACGCGGCCCCGCUGCAGCUCAAGGUCCGCGUGGGCUGGAAGGAGCUGGGCCGCGGCGUGUGCGCCGAGCAUUACUCGCGAGAGAUCUUCGAGAAGACCAGGCAGCUCCUUUUUCGUGGGGCCCAGGCCUACAUGGACCAUGUGUGGGAGGAAGGCUGCGCUAUGGUUGACCUACCAGAGUCCCCAAAGCCAGGCCCCAUGGAGGCCCCUCGGGCCACGCGUGGGCAGAUGCUGAUUGGACCCGAUGGCCGACUGAUGAGGAGGGGAGCCCAGGCCUGCGAAGCUGACGUGUCUGGGGCAGCAUCCAGAGCCUGCUCCUCGUGUGUGCGAGCCGUGGACGGGACGGCGGUGUGCGGCCAGUGUGAGCGCGCCCUGUGCGGGCGGUGCGUGCGCGCCUGCGGCAGCUGUGGGGCUGUGGCCUGCGCCCUGUGUGCCCUCGUGGACUGCGGCGACAUUCACGAGAAGGUGCUCUGCGCCAGCUGUGCCGUGUUCGAGUCCUGAGGGCCACCUGGAGGCAGCUGCCUGGAUGGCUCGCUGAACAGCGCAGAGGACUGUGGGGGUGGGGGCUUUCUGAUCGGUGUUUUGUACUCCUGAUGACUGAAUAAAUGCUAUCUAUUUAGACAGAGUACUUGCACGUGUUGACAGCCCUGAGGGUGCAGCCUCCUGGCCCUGUGACUGGCCAGGAGCUGAGGGGCCCACAGA